AUGAAUCAAAAUCUUGUCUUGAUAGUGUGUUUCAAUGAAAUACUUGGUAUUUUUCCACAGUUGCUUAAAAAACUUUGUUGGAGAAGCGCUGUACUUAUUUGGGGUAUUAUAACAUAUAUAAUGAUCCGCAUACAAGCAGCGCCAUCUCCACAUGGAGGAUCUCUUUCGUGGAUUUAUCACAAUCCAUUCUACUGGAAUAUGUGUAAGAGUCUGGUGGUUUUUAUUGGUGGCAUUUUUCUCGUACGAACUGUUAGCGACGAAUGGGAUUUUUUGUGA